UUCUCCGCUGGGUUAGGUUGUGCCCAGUAUUUGAGUGUACGUCAGAGGGAUGGCUGAGGGGAGCUGAAGAUGGCGGCGCUGUGUGAGGAUGGGAGGUACAGGCUGUCCUGCGGGAGAUUGAACCCCGGCAAAACCUCAGUGUUACAUGUCAAAUUAACAGAGACAACAUUCAGGGCACUGGAAAAUUACCAGAGCUGCAAGAAUGCACCCUCCUCUCAACCAUCCAUUCAAUUCAAGGGACUCCAGGGGCAUAUUAAAAUCCCAAGAACAGACGCUCCCAAUGAACUGCGAAACUUUGAUUUUUACUUGUCCAACGUUGGCAAAGAUAACCCUCAGGGAAGCUUUGACUGCAUUCAGCAAUAUGUUUCCAGUUCCGGAGUCCCCCAACUCGACACCCUGGGAGUUGUACAAGAUAAAAUCACAAUCUGUGCGACCAACGAUUCAUAUCAAAUCACCCGGGAGCGAAUGACACAGGCAGAAGAAGAAACCCGCACCCGAAGCACCAAAGUCAUUAAACCUGGAGGACCAUUUGUAGGUAAAAGGGUUCAGAUACGGAAACCAGCCCCAGGAGCCCCAGACCCUGCGCCCGAAAGGAAGCGGUCGACCCCCAUCAACCCCGCCAACACGAUACGAAAGUGCAACAUGAACAGCGCCAUGGCCCAGCGACCGUACAGGGACAGAGUGAUCCACUUUCUGGCUCUGAAGCCGUAUAAGAAACCUGAAGUACUGGCACGCCUGCAGCGAGAUGGCGUCGGUCAGAAAGACAAGAACUCUCUGGGACCCAUCCUGCAGCAGGUGGCUAAUCUGAACCCAAAGGAUAACUCGUACACACUGAAGGAAUAUGUGUACAAAGAGAUUCAGAAAGACUGGCCUGGAUAUUCUGAAGAAGACAAACAGCAGCUAGAACGUGUGCUUGCCCGUAAAUUAGGUCUGCCCUUGAAUUCCACAGGACAGUCAGAAGCUCUUCCCUCAAGUCCACCCAAAGAUAGUGUUUCUGCAUCUCUUCUCUCUCAGAAACGACUCCUGGAUGGGGACUUUAUUGAUCCUUUGAUGCAGAAGAAAGCACGAAUCUCCCACCUUACAAAUCGCGUCCAGCCGACCCUGAACGACCACUUGUCUCCGCCUAGAGAACAGAAAUCUUCAGCAACUUCCUGUCCGGCCCCUCCACCUCGCCCUCCCCCUUCUCACCUCCCUGUGUCCCACCCACCUCUCCCCCACAAUUCCAACUCCAACUCCCCCAGCACACCUGAGGGAGUGGGGACACAGGACCUUCCUGUGGACAGCUUCAGUCAAAACAGGAACGCUUACGAGAACCAGCCGGACAAAUCCACUUCUCUGACUCUCAAGGCGAGCCCCGCUUUGCCUCUUCCACUUGUAUCGAAGAGCUCAGAGCAGCCUCCAGUCACAGAAUACAGCCCCCUGCAUAGCAAGAAGUCCAAAAAGAAAUCCAAGAAACACAAGGACAAGGAAAGGGACCGGGAGAACAAGCAUAAGAUUGAGAGGACUGAUGAAAAACCCCCAAAAAAGCAUGUUGAGGCUGAAAUGGACACCACCCCACAGAUAGAGAAAAACACAAAUUCAGAUAGAGAAGAAAAGAAAGAGACUUGCACAGACUCAACUGAACUCUCAUCAACAACCGAAUCACCUGAUUACUUGAUCAAGUACAGUGCAAUUGUUUCCCUUGAUCAACGUCAAACAUACAAAGACGACUUCAACGCAGAGUAUGAGGAGUACAGGAAUCUGCAUGGCAGAGUGGAAAGCAUCACCCGGCGGUUUGCACAGCUUGAUGCCGAGCGCAAACGAGUGCCCCCCGGCACCAAGGAGCAUCAGAUUAUCCAUGAGGAAGUAUUACAAGAAUAUAAGAAAAUGAAAAUGAGUUAUCCCCACUACCAUGAAGAGAAAUGCAGGUGUGAGUAUCUCCACAACAAGCUGGCUCACAUUAAGAGACUAAUAGCAGAGUUCGACCAACAGAGGGCGCAGCCGUGACACUAAGAUUGCUGGGGCUGCUCUGCGGAGCCCCUGCUUUCUCCGGAAGAUGUGAAUAAACAAAGCUUAUUUAUUUAAAAAGAAAUUCCAAAAAAAGUUACUCUAGAAUUGGUAUUACUGAAACUUUGUUUUUAAGGAAUACAAAAGUUUCAGGAACAGGUGACUUGAGUUACAUUUAUUUUCCUUAUUUAUGCUUUAAUGUUUUUAGUUCAUUUAAUUUUUUUCCUUUUCUUUUGGGAUUCCUGCAUAAUUGAAAGCUUCUCUCCCUCCCUCCCUCCCUCCCAACUUCCCUUUUAUCCUUGUUUCCUCAAAGUAGACUCGUUUGUCCAAAAUAGUUGUAUAACCACAUUGGGGAUCCAAUGGCUGAGAGAAGUGUAUGCAGAACUAAACCAAAGGUCUGUUAUACCUGUCUGUCUUUGAUCUUAUUAAUGCAAACCCUUUGCCUUAAUGGUAGGAGGUUUCAGAAGCAAUUUGCACAAAAAUGAUAAAAACAAAAAAAAAGUGUUUGAAAUUCUUCUGGAGGGUGUAGACGAUUUGUGUAAUAUGGCACUAAACAGCCUAUACUUUAUUUCACAAAAGUAACCUUUUAUUAUGCUACGUCAACCCUUCAUUGCAAAUGUUGCCUUAAUGUUUGCUUGUAUACACUCUGUAGUAAAACCAAUAUCUACACUGCUUCCCAGUCCUUGGACCAAUGGGGAGCAGAUAGUGGCCUACCAAGUAUGAGAUGGGGGUGGGUGUGUGUGUGUGCAAGGAGGUGUGGCUGUGUGCAUGCAUGGGGGAAAAAGUGAAAACAGGAUUUAAAAUAAACUUUAAAUAAAAAAAAAAAAAGCUGCUGCUCCUAGUAGGCCCAAACACUCAGGAUAAAACAGAGUGUCGUUGUUGGUAUUUUCCUGUAAACUUGUAACUUCCUUUAUGGAAAGGGAAAAAAAAAGUUGAUUUAAAGAUCUAUAGUUUGGAUUAAAAAAGUAUGAAACCAUGUAGGAGACAUAUUUGUAUACUGCUAUAUAUUUUUGAGAAGAGAAAUUCUAUGCAAAGAAGCCGUCGCCUACAUGAACUGUGUAUUUAACAAACGUGUUCCUCCUGGUCGUCAGGACUUGCAGAGCAAAUGUAUUUAAAAUAUACUGUGAUCAUCGAAUAGCACAAACUUUGAGUUUCAGUUCUUUCGAUUUGAACCAUCACAGUAAGUUUAUAUGGGAACACUAUUCUUGGAGUGGAUGAACUUAAGGAUUAUUCAUUGUGGUUUUUUUUUGUUUUGUUUCUUUUCAAAGUGCUGCCAUUUGAAAAGGGAAGCAUUAUGUUUACAAAACUGAAUGUUAGGAUGUUUGCCAAAUUCCUUUUGGUAUCUCUAAUAAAACUGUUCACUCUCCAGUGUUAGCAAGGGGUUUUUGUGUAUGAACCAGUAACCCAGAAAAUGCACCUAGUUUCAAGUUGGAUAUUUGUGUGGAAAUCAAAUGGGCAUGAAGAUUUGACAUGAAUACCGGACUGCAUUUGUGACCAUUGUAUACCAGACAGUACAGAUGGACAUAAACUGAGUUAGAUGUCUGUUUUUAAUUCAUCACAAAUGCGUCUUUCUGAUUUGGAAUCUGUAACCUUAAAAUAAAUAGGCUAAAUGCACAAGGUACUUGCAUAUUUUGCAGGUAAUGGAGAAGCAUUUAGGUGAUUUGCUGACACACUCCUUUUUGAGAGGUUGCUCAUAAUUUUAUUAUGUGGGUAGUAGUGUCAGUCAGUUAUUGAACCAGCAUAUUUAAUUCUGAAAACGUGUAGCUUUAAAUAUGCAACUCAUUUCAUAGGGGAGGUGGUAAUCCAAACAAAAUGGAAUGUCACGCUGUAACUUGGUUACUAUGGAAGACAUUUUUGAAGGUAACGGAACUUCACACAGCCUCGUUUAGUCUCUGCAGUAGACUACUCGUGGUUUUGUGUGCUUGCUCUGUCCUUGGCUUCUGUGCUAUUGAAAGAAUAUCAACCAGUUUAGGUGUUUAUUUAGAAAGAAAAAAAUGGAAUUGUUGCCUUUUUACAAAUAGUUUUUUACGUUUUCUGGUUUACUGUGUUGAGCAAUACACUGGUGCUGGAGAGCACAUUUUUAUUUUUUAUUUUCAAUCAAAUGUUCAUCCACACUAAAGGCCAGUCAAAAUUGUUCAGCAUGGUGGCAAAGAUUAAUUGGCUCUAUCUUGCACAAAAAUAUUUACUUGUAUUUAGUUAUCUACCCUCUCAGAUGUACUGCAUUUGUAACCAGCUCUUAAGUUCUGUCAGAUGUACAAUGGGUUAUAUUCAAAUUGCAACAAAUUAAGUUGUAACAUCUCAGUAGCCCAAAGUCUCCUUAUUUUAAAGGUUGUUUCCAGAACAAAAGUGAUUGAAAAAUGUUUGCCUGGCCUUUUUUAAAAAUAGCAAAUGUUAUCCCCUUGCCUGUGACUGGCAGAAUCGCAAAUAAUAUAUGAUUUAUUUAAAUGCCUUCCACAAUUUAAUAUAUUGUAAUUAUAUAUAGUAUUACAUGGAGUUAUGGACAUUAAAUGACCAUAACUUGCAAAUUCUUUUUUUUGUUGUUUUUUUUUUGUUUGUUUUGUUUUUUAUAUAAAUGUAAUUUUAAUUUUAUUUUGGGUUAGGAAAAUGGACAGGAUAAAACCAGCACAGUGCCACAGGCAUUAAAAGGGGGUGCAUAUCUUUAACUGCCCGGUUUAGUUCAGUGUGUGUGUGUGUGUCGUCUUAAAAGCUUGAAUUCACUGUGAUCCUAGCAAAUGCAGUGUGGUAUUGCCUGGUGGCAGCAAACCCCACAUCAUACCAGUCUUAUUUUUUAUUCUCAAAUGAGAAUCACAUGAUUUCUUGUGUGCAAGAAAAAGCAUGUCAUGAGCACUAAACCUGUGCAUAAAACUAAACCAGUCCAGUUCAUUAAAUCUCUGAAGGAAACUAAAAGCAAUCGAUAAGAAAUUUAAACAUUUUGCUUUUUCCAAGUUGCAGUGUUCCUCUAGCAAAUUCUCUCUUUUAAUAUACAUUUUAUCAUCCUAAAGGAGAAAUGUACAUUUCCACCUUUUUGCAAUACAUUUUAAAUGUAUUCAUUCACAAACUCUAAUAUCAUGGAACCUACUUACAGCUAUGGCCAAAAGCCGAAUGAAACCUGCUGAAUGUUUUCCAUGUACUUUAAUUGAAAAAUGUUACAUUUUGAAAUCUAACAUCAUUUGUAGUUUAUUUGAUUUACGAUACAUUAAAAUAUCUACAUUAUGUUCAUAUAGUGUGUUUAUAUUAAAAAAAAAAAAAAAAAAAAAAAAAAAAAAAAUUCCAAUCCAAAUUGUAGGUGAUGCAAAUUUUUUUGCCAGAGUUGUAGAAAAGGGGGUGCUGUGACUUUUGUUCAUUCCAUUCUUAUUUUUUGGUUGUCCCUCAGCUGUUCACAUUGUCUUUAACCACAGCCUGCAUACUGUAUUCAGUCUUGUGUUAGUAGGUGAUGUACAGUAUGCCAUGAAGUUGGCACGUUUUCCACAGCAGCUUUUGAAGUCUUCAACCUGCUAAUUAUUAGCACAAGUGUUGCAGAUGCCCUUUUCCUUCAGCGAUCCUGGGACAAAGCUGCAGUAUAUGCCAGCACUUCUACAUUUUUGGAAAAGAACAGCUGUGAUCCUUGGGAUGUAGCAAUGUGAAGGAAUAAGCAACUGGAUAACUGGAUUUAGGAGGCAGUCUAAAACCUGGAAGUGUCUUCUCAGUUCAGAAAAGGAGUAUAUAAAUAAGUGCUAAUGGUGAUUUUCAUUACUCCAAACAUUUAAGCCAUUGUUUGUUUGGGCCAUUAGAUUUUUUGAAAAGAAGCUGCAAGAGCAGGAAACUUUUUAUGAGCCAAGGCUGCCCUUCUGUUUAUGUAUUGCAGCAGUUCAAUAAAAUGUCUACUUUUGCA